GAAGCGCAGAACGCAGUGUGUGUGCGCUGGAAGUAGAAAUGGCGGACGUGGUGUCUCUCUUCAUGUCAAUUGGUCUUAGUGAACAGAAAGCAAAGGAAACGCUCAAAAAUGAAGCACUCUCUUCGACUCUCAAGAAAGCCAUUGAACAGGCUGCAGGGCUGCUGGGAUCCUCUAGCAUGGAUAAGUCUACAGGCACUCUACUGUACAGUAUGGUGACUCGACUCAAAGACCUGAAUCGACUGUCUUUGCUCACAGAAUACAUCAUCAAACAAAAAAUAACCACUGAUCUGCAGCUUUCAGCGGCACUGGACUUUGUCAAGAGCCAUCCUCAAGACCCUGUAAACUUUCAUGAGUUUGAGACUUUCUGUGGGGUUGGUGUGGUGGUAACUCCUGAGCAGAUUGAGGAUGCGGUGGAGUUGAUUAUCCGGAAACACAAGGAUCAGCUGUUGAUAGAAAGAUAUCGCUUCAACAUGGGCAUACUCAUGGGAGAGGCCAGAAGUGCCCUUAAAUGGGCUGAUGGGAAGAUUGUAAAACAUGAAGUGGAUAUGCAGGUGUUGCAUCUUCUGGGUGCAAAGACUGAGGCAGAUUUGGAGAAAAAGUCCAAGACAGCCAAACCCAAAGCGACUGAGAAGGAAUUGAAGCUCAAGCAGGAUUCUGCUGUAAACGGCGAUGGGAACACUGAGGGGAAAUCCUUAAUGGAGCAGCUGAGAGGAGAAGCUCUUAAGUUUCACAAGCCAGGGGAGAAUUAUAAGACUGAGGGCUAUGUUGUGACACCUAACACUAUGAAUUUGCUGAAGCAGCACUUGGAAAUCACUGGUGGACAGAUUCGCACACGUUUUCCUCCUGAGCCCAAUGGGAUUCUUCACAUUGGUCAUGCCAAAGCAAUUAACUUCAACUUCGGUUAUGCCAAGGCCAAUAACGGCAUUUGCUUCCUGCGGUAUGACGACACAAACCCAGAGAAAGAGGAAGAGAAAUACUUCACUGCCAUCAAAGACAUGGUGGAGUGGCUUGGGUACACACCAUAUGACAUCACGCAUGCGUCUGAUCACUUCCAGCGCCUCUAUGAUCUUGCAGUCGAUCUUAUUCGCAGGGGUCACGCGUACGUGUGCCACCAGCGUGGAGAGGAACUGAAGGGUCAUAACGUCCCUCCAUCACCCUGGAGAGAUCGGCCCAUAGAAGAGUCUCUGGUCCUGUUUGACAGGAUGAGGAAGGGUAUGUAUGCAGAGGGAGAAGUCACUCUCAGGAUGAAACUGGUCAUGGAAGAUGGAAAAAUGGACCCGGUGGCAUACCGAAUCAAAUACACGCCACACCACAGGACAGGAGAUACUUGGUGCAUAUACCCCACGUAUGACUACACACACUGUCUGUGUGACUCUAUUGAACAUAUCACACACUCUCUCUGCACUAAAGAGUUUCAGGCCAGGCGGUCGUCGUAUUUUUGGCUGUGCAAUGCUCUUGAUUUGUACUGCCCUGUGCAGUGGGAAUAUGGCCGACUUAACCUCACCUACACUGUCGUCUCUAAAAGGAAGAUCAUUAAACUGGUUGAAACAGGGGUUGUUAGGGAUUGGGAUGACCCACGUCUCUUCACCCUCACAGCUCUCCGAAGGCGUGGCUUCCCUCCGCAAGCCAUCAAUAAUUUCUGUGCCCGGGUAGGUGUAACUGUUUCACAAACCACCACAGAGCCACAUUUGCUGGAGGCGUGUGGUAGGGAGGUGCUUAAUGACAUUGCUCCUCGCGUUAUGGCUGUGCUCGAGCCCCUAAAAGUGACCAUCACCAAUCUUCCUGCCAAUGCACAGAAAAAGCUUCAGGUUCCAGAUUUCCCUGCCAAUGAGUCCAAAGGCAGUCAUAUGAUUUCUUUCUCAAAGACCAUCUAUAUUGAGCAAACUGACUUCAGGGAGGUGAUGGAGAAGGGCUAUAAGCGUUUAACACCAGAUCAGCCGGUGGGCUUGAGACAUGCAGGUUAUGUAAUUUCUGUGCAGCGUGUCAUAAAGGAUGACUGUGGUAAAGUAUGUGAGUUGGAGGUGACAUGUGCCAGCUCAGAUUCCGUGGACAAACCCAAAGCAUUUAUUCACUGGGUGAGCGAACCACUGGUGUGUGAAGUGCGCCUAUACGAACGCCUCUUCCUCCAUAAAAACCCAGAGGACCCAGCAGAGGUCCCUGCGGGAUUCCUGAGUGACAUUAACCCUGAUUCCUUAACAGUAAUUGAAAGUGCCUUAGUGGACCAAUCCGUGAGCACAGCCAAAGUGUUUGAUAAGUUUCAGUUUGAAAGAGUGGGUUAUUUCUCUGUGGAUCCUGAUAGCACUGCUGAAAAGCUGAUUUUCAACAGGACUGUUACACUCAAGGAGGAUCCAGGAAAGAUAUGACAGCAAGACAGAAGCUACACUGUUAAAGCCAAAUAGCACGAAGUCGUGUUGGAGACCAUCAUGCAUAUAUCACAUGUUUGUCAAUAAAAACACUUUAAACCUUUAAAUCAACUGCCUAUUAAUACUGUACCAAGCCUUUUUGAACUUGCAAAUUUUGUGCUGUUUUAUAAAAUCUUUUAAUGCUGGUGGUUUCAAUGAAAUAAACUAUUUAAGUGAA